AUGGGGCAAUUUCACAGGAUUAUGUUACAUUGGGAACAAACAGCAAGACGAGAAAGGACCAAAACAGGAGAUGUAUACGCCGCAAACAAGAUUGAGGAUCUGAAAUCGUACAACUACGAGGAGGAAGAUGAAAGCAUAUCUAGGUGGCAGAAGAUGGGAAAGAAAGGCGGUAGCAUCCAUCUAUGGACCACACAAGCAGCGAAGAUCAUUUGCAGAAAUCUGGAAGUCUGGUACCAAAAUCUGACCCUUAGCGAAGAGGCUGAAUCCGAAUGGGAGGAGACAAAAUGUAGGGGAGACAACUUAGGAGUGGAGGGAUCCAGAGGAACUACCGUCGCAUGCCCUAUAGAUCCAAGGCACAACUAUUGGACAACACUGAGAUUAGGGAAGAGUUUGAACGGCGCCAAAGAAGAGCACAGGAGUAUGAUGAUAUGCAUGGAUUUGAUAGCAAUCCUUCUCACCGUUUAUAAUAAUCUAAGUAGAUGUAAAGGAGAAGAACUAUGCUACAAUGAAACCGAAGUAUGUAGAGCUCUUUAUCAAUGGUACGAAGAGUGGGGAGGACAACAAGUGGCAAAAGAAGUUAUGCAGUUCCUUUUCCAGAAUGAACAGAAUAAGAUGAAGUUGGGAAACAGAAAUAUAACGACAAACGGCACAGUCUCACAAUUUUGGGCAAAAGUCACAGGAUUUAGGGGAUUAGGCUUGGCGGCCUUACAGUGUCAGGAUAGGACGUGGCCAGGGACCAAUUGGAGAAGUGCCUGUUACCACAAAAACAAAAACAGCGCUUGCGAGAUUGUAGAAGAUCAACAGUGGACAAAUGACCAGGUAAGACCAGAGACCGAGAGAACUGAGAUGAAGAGUAGCCCAUGGCAAAAAGAAAUAGGGAAGGAGGUCCUAGAGCCCCCGAGACGGAGCAGUCCAACAGGAGGAUGCAGACAACCUGACCCCGCCCGGCCAGGAGUUAAGAUAGACAAACCAGGCAGGAGGAUGAAAUUGAUGAGAAAUUCCAUCUUUUACAGGAAGAAUCUCGAAGGAUAA